CACGCCACACUUCAGCAGCACCCACAUGUUCAAUGACUUAUUUCUUCUUCAGGCUUUUCAUGCCGUCGCCAACUUCAAGUCCUCUGAUGACAUCACUUUAACCCCGCCUGCCCCGCCCCCAAAGGAGGACCCUCUUCGAGCACUAACAGAGAGAGGCCAUGAGUCCGUCUACAACAAAGGCCCCGCCUCCGCCUCGGAGAGCAACGAUGAGAUUGCAGCAGCUCCAGUACCCUUGGACCGGCUGGAGGGCCUGGGUCCCCUGGGGCCCCUGGGUCCCCUGCAGAGAGAGAAGGACUCCAUGGGGAGCCUGAAGAGAGCCAGCGUGGAUGUGGAGCUGCUGGCCCCCCGCAGUCCCAUGGGAAAGGAGACCAUGCUAACCUUCAGCAAUACGCUACCCAGAGCUAGCAUGAAUGCUAACGGGGUGCAGGGAGCCAACCCUGUACCUGAUGACCCCCUGCAGCUGGUGCAGCCGGUGCAGCCAGUGCAGCCAGUGCAGCCGGUGCAGCCGGUGCAGCGGCGUCUGAAGGCAGUCCAGGUCCCUGUGGACCCGAUGCGGUCUCAGCAGCUGGUGUCAGAGUGGAAACAGAAGUCGAUGGAGAUGAGGGGUCUGAGCAUCCGUGACGAGGCAGAGCGGGAGGCAAGCGAGGACGGCUCUGAGGCGGAUUCUGUGGGGACAGACGAGGGCGGGUCACAGGUCCACGUCUAUCAGCACCCCUUGCAGUCUGGGAGGGCACCCUCUAGUCGAAACCCCACCCCACCUCCAGGGGGCGCUAAAGCUGUGGCUACUCCCAGACCGCCACAGAUCCCUGAAGCUGGACCCCCUUCCGUUUCCCCAAAAAGCGCUUUGACUCGAGCCAAGUGGCUCGCCAUCCGAGAGAAGACCAGUGGAGAGGGGUCAGCACGUAGCACCUCUAACCAGCCACGCCUCAUGCAGGUCAUUGCCAUGUCGAAGCAGCAGGGUCUUCUGCCCUCCUCCUCCUCUGAGACCACCUCCACAAUCGACCCCCCACACUACCGGCCUCACUCUGACCCACCGCGGGAGGGGGCAGGGAUCAUCACAGUGGAUGCUCACGCCCCCCACCAUCCUGUUGUUCAGGCUACAGACCCUCCUCAAGCCCCUCCCCUCGCAGGUAAUGGUAAUCCAUGGGAGUGGUCUGGGGCGCCCAAUGGGGGCGACCCACGUGACACAUAUGACCUCAACAGCAUGACUCGGGGAGACUCCUCCGCCCGCGGCAGCAGCUUCCGGCCUCACAGAUCCGCCUCUCCACGUGCGGCCGUCGACCAUGAGACUGCCUCCCAGGUGGAGAUGUCUGCGGAAGCUCAGCGCAGGGAGAUGGCCAUGAGACGCAAGACAGCGCUGGUUCUGUUGGACCGGGAGAUCCGUAACCAGAGCGAGCAGGAGAACUAUUACAAGAGUCUGCAGGGCCGCAGAUACAAGGAUUAGUUUCUUACCUUUCAAAAUAAAAGCCUUAUUUUCUAACUGCUCAGUCACAGCACAGAGGAGGUGUUAACGUGCUUCCUGUUGCUUCACCUGGUGAAGGGGCGGAGCUAAAGUAUUCAUCAGGGAGGUCAGACAAUGGCUCAUCACUGGGGACAGUUUCAUCUUAAAGCCACCAGAGGGCGACACAGAGACAUUUAGCUCACAAAUUAUACACAACAUUGAAAAAACAGAAAACAAACAAAAAGGUUCAUAAAGAGUCAAAGAAAACGUACAGUGGGGUGAAGUUUAAGUUUGCUACCAUGGCAACCAUAAAGGUGACCCUAUGUUUCACCUUCCUGUCCAUAUAUGGUCACUUCUGGAUCAAAAUAGCCACCCAGGCACAAACCAACAGUUGAACUAUUCUAUCCUCUGUUUGGACGCUCAGUGACGUCACCCAUCGGUUCCUGAAGAGGAGUCAUGAUGCCCAGUGAUGGCGGUCGCCAUUUUGGAAAUGGCUACUUAGACUUAUACUUUUUCAGCCUGGAAACAGGAAGAGCUGAGGGGGGCCUUAAGCCCUGUGGCCAACAGCUUCAAUGCACCUACCUGUCUUUCAAAUCAGCUGCUCCCUUAUUAUACUAAAUUGUGAAUAACUCUUAUCCUUCAUCAAAUCAAAACUGAUGAGUCAUCAAAACAUUCACCCCCCGUACAGUGUGUGUC